AUAGAGUGCUAGCACAAAUACGGACUUAUACGGGGCUUAUUAAUGAUACGCAAAACGGGAAACGCUCUGCAUCUAGUUUUAUAAACAGAUCUUGAAGCGUCAGAGCCUUGCCAGGGCCAAUGACAUUCUUCACAUUCAGCCCACGCCCCCUCUAUGUCUGCAUGGGGCUGUGUGGUUGUAAUGAGGCUUCUGCAUGUCCGGGGGUGUGGAACAGCCAGGGGUACUCCGACCUGGUUUAUUCCCAGGCAAACGUUUUGAGGGGCUCGAACUUGGCUUCGUUUGGCGGCAUGUCUAUGCUUCAGACCCAUCAUGGCUGCCUCGUGGGAGACGGCGGCUAGUCGACAGUCCAUGAAGGGACAGAAGCAUAUAAGACCAGCACACCCUCAGGUUCUCGUUAUUUUCCUAGCCAGACAAUCUCAUCUUCUUCAA